CCUUUCUUUGACGUAAAGCUUGGUCGUAAAGAUGGAUUCGAAUCCAAAGCCCAUAAAGUCCGAGGAAACGUCCCCAUGGCAAACCAGACGGUUCGUGACAUCCACGGGAUGUUCAAGAAAAACGGAUUUAGUAUUCGCGAGAUGGUAGCGUUAAGCGGUGCUCACACCAUCGGAUUCUCUCACUGCAAAGAGUUCUCCGACAGGCUCUACGGAUCACGAGCUGAUAAAGAAAUCAACCCGCGAUUUGCAGCCGCUCUCAAAGAUCUCUGCAAAAACCACACCGUGGAUGACACAAUCGCGGCGUUUAACGACGUGAUGACUCCGGGAAAAUUCGACAACAUGUACUUCAAGAACCUAAAGCGAGGGCUAGGGCUUUUAGCUUCCGACCACAUCCUUAUUAAAGACAAUAGCACGAA